AUUCCCCGGGCACUAGUGUAAUUGUGAAAAUCGAAUACAUUGGCGGGAAAGAGUUGUUUAGGCGUUGUUCAUCAACCGAAAGUUAUAAACAACACAGGAAAUAUAGUCUAGUGAAUCUGAAAGUGUUGUUGGUUAUCCUAAAUCAAUAAAAAUAUGGCUGAAAAAUUGGAAGACCUGAAUCUUCCGAAUGCAGUCGUUACCCGAAUUAUCAAGGAAGCCCUUCCGGAUGGUGUGACAGUGGGAAAAGAGGCGAGAGUUGCUGUGGCUAAGGCUGCAUCGAUAUUCAUCCUCUACCUGACGACAACAGCUAAUACAAUUGCUAAAAAAGGUAACAGGAAGACGAUAAGUGGGCCUGAUGUACUCCAGGCCAUGGAGGACAUCGAGUUCGACAGGUUCAUCGAGCCCCUCAGGGAAGCCCUCGAGAAUUUCAAAAAAUCACAGAGAGAGAAGAAAGACGCCAACACCAAGAAAAAACAACAGAGGAAGGAUGAGGAGGACGGCAACGACAUGAUUGAGGAUGAAUAAAAAUGUCUUUAAUUUACUUGAAAUUUAAACAUUAAGAUUAAAAUUUUAUACAUAUUUAUAAACAAUUAAAAUUAAAUAAUUUCAUGGAGUUCUUGAAUUCUAGGGGUUCAUAUCAUAGAAGAUAAGGAGAUAAGCGUGUGGCAUCCUUUAGAAUUUUUUUUUAUUCAAUUAAAUGAACAGUUUAAUUAA